AUGCGCCGCAUCCAUGGCGUCUACCUGCGUAAGGAUGCCUUGAUCAAUACCCGCGCCCUCGGCUCAGCACGAUGGCCCACCUCCACGAUUGCCAUGUCGUUGGUGAGAAGAUGUCGCCCUGACUGCGCUCAAUACAGGCAAAUACGAAGUAGCUCGACAUUGGUAAGGCUGCUGAUGCCGCCGCCACCAUCAUGGACUGCAAACAGGGAGAUCUUGACGGCUAGGUUCGAUAGCGGAAGGAACCCUCUGCACCAGUGGACGAGCCAAAGCACUUGCGGUCGCCUCCGAGGCAAUAGGGUCCCUUCAAGCACCAAGGCUAAGACAACGACGACAACGGCGACGAUGCGGCAAUAUUCUACGACGUCUUCCUCCCCAAUCCCAAACGAUAUCUCCUCCUCCGCCUGCUCCUCCACUCAAGCAAUCGCCUCUCCUCGAAGUCCCCUGACCAUCGACCCAACCGCAGCGCACCACGACCUCACGAGUUUCCUUACCUACGCCCAACGCUCUGGCCUCUCCACCUCCAGCACCGUCUACAACGGCACGCUCUACGAGUACCUGGCGCAGGACACGCUGCGCCGCUACGGCUUCGAACUGCACCGGGUUGGCGGACGCGGAGACCGCGGCGUCGACCUCGUCGGCGUCUGGGCCAUUCCGAAGAAGAAGAAGAGGGGGGGGGAUGAGGGUGCGGAUGUAGCAACUAAAAGAGGGCGAGAGUACGCUCAUACUACUUGCAAUGGUACUGGCAACGACGGCGGCAGCAGCAGCCACGAGAUGCUCAGAGUUCUGGUCCAGUGCAAACGGCUGGUCGGGAAGGGCGCGAAGAUAGGCCCGAAUCUCAUACGCGAGUUGGACGGUGCGGUGCGCGGCGCCAGGCUGGGGUUCCUGUUUGAUUCUCUCGCCCCUCGUGGCCAUACCACCGCCUGUGGCAAUACUACUUCCUCUACGACGACGAACGCUACCGCCAGAGGGAGCGCGGGAAAUACUGCCGUGGACACCGAUGCAGACACCGAUGCAGACGCUGACGCCAAUGCGGACACUAGCAUCUCUCAAGACAGUAGCAACUACGACGGAGGCAACCCCGCAAUCGGCGUCCUGGUCGGCACGCGCCCAGCGACCAAAGGCGUGAUCGAGAGUCUGCAGCGCUCCAACAGAGGCUUGGUCUGGAUCAUGCUCGAGGAAGUCGCUGCCAACGUCAACAGCAACUGGCCUGCCCCACGUGGAGGCGAUGGCGAGGCUGAAAUUGAGACUGAGGGCGCAACGACAGCGACGCAAACAAUCAGUAGCAGCAGCAUCAGCCAGGCAGGAAAUGAGGAAGCACACCAACGGCGACGACAAGAAAAGCCCAAAUCCAACCGCCAUCGAGAUCCCACCGCGUAUGCAGAUCAGCAAAUCAACAUAGAGACCGACCUGGAGCAUUUCCAGAUCGUGUCGCCGCCGUCGUCGUCGUCAGCUUCAUCAGGAUCUUCAACAACAACCGGCGUCCCGAACCCGAUGCCCCUGCCGCUCCCGACUCCGAACCCACCCUUGAAAGGCCGGAUCAAACAAAUCAUCUGGAACCAGGCGGCGCGCAACCUGGGGCUCGAGGACAUCGAUGUCGUCAAGCGCUAUAUCACUCUUUCGCCUUCUAGCGCCCCUUCCAACAGGGCCAGAGGCAGAGGCAGAGGCAGAGGAGCUUCGAAUGGCGUAUACGCGAACAAGGCUGAGACCCCACCGGAAGAGGAAGAAGAGGAAGUCGUCCUCAGUCGAGCUGGGCGCGUUAUCCUCGGCUAA